UUGAACAACCCUUUGAGUGCACAUAGGAGUUCCAAAAUUGUUUUUUCUGUACUUGUUUUUUGGUGUAGUUUAUAUCCUACUUACUACUCAUUGCAAGGUUUGGUAAUGCCAAAGAAGAAUAGGACUAUCAUUCCUCUUUGUAAGUUGAGACCUCUAUUUCAUAAACCGAUGCGGGAAGCUUCGAAGCAACUAGGAACUUGUUUAACAGUAAUAAAGAGUUCUUGUAGAGCUCAUGGCAUUUCCAGAUGGCCUUAUCCAGAGAUACAAAGGAUUAGUAGGGCCAUGGAAUACUUGACAAAAAUACUGGAGUUAGACUCUCAAGGAGUCAUUGCUUUAGAAGAUGAAGAACGUUCCAAGUUUAAAAAUAGAUAUCGAAAAUUGGAAGAAAAGAAAUAUCAGUUGGAAUGUCAUCCAGAAUGUAUACCUAUUGAAAAGGAAUCGAUGGAUAAUGGAAUUGAAUUCCAGCAACAUUUGGAACAAAUAUCUGAUGGUAAUACGGAAUCAUGUCAGAAAGAUAUCUCAUGGAGUUGUAGAAGUGAAAAUAGGAACGUCAGAGUUGCGUUUUUUGAAACAAAGAGACAAUUGAAUCACAUUUCACCAAAGCUGCCUAUAGGCAAAGAUUCCAAGGAAGACUCUUCUUCUUUAACUAGUUCAAACUUUGGUACAUCCAAUCGAGCUUUGGUUGAACAACAACAAGUAGCAGAUCCAUGUUUCUUGUUUCUUCAUUUUAUCCUUCGGAUUGGAUCACGAGGUGUUCAUGCUAUGGGACCAGAGUUGAUUACAGAAAUGGCAAAAAAGGUCGGUUCUUCCAGUACCAACUUUCAUCAUCUGACAAAUAUCCAUCAUUGUACAGCAGUUAUAGAAUCGAUUCAAUCAAAGUUGCAGUCCCUAGAAGCCAACAUAGAAGAGUUAAAGAAUCAAAAUGAGCAACUAUUCCAAAUAUUGAAAGAUAGAAAAUAUUCUUAAGUGCAUAUAUCAAUUGAUCGGCCCAAUAAGUUUUGUUAU